AUGGCUGAUAUGAUAACGAAGGACAGCGAUCCCGGAACAUUGGUGGAGCACGACCUGAUUUUGUUGCGUAUACUGUCCCUGUUUUUCCAAUCAGUGCUAUUCGGAGCCUUUGCGAUGGCAUAUGUUACGACGUGGUUGUCGCUGAAGAGCACGAAACAAUCUCAGUUACUGGAGAAGCGGAAGACUGUGCUGCGGCAGGCGAUCACCGUGAUGUUGUUGACCGCAUUCUUCCAUCUGUGUCUGACGUUCAACGUGGCCUUGUCACCAACGACUGGCUAUGAAGGACGAGUAGACACUCAAUAUCUUUCCUUCGAAGACGAACACUCGCUAUUCUUCUCGGCAAACGGGUUCCAGUAUUACCUUUACGUGACACAGACCACGAUCGCCAACUGCUUAUUGACAUAUAUCUUGUACCUGAAGUCUAAUGGUAACCCCAAAGCAUUUGCACCUGCCCUAUCCGCAUCGGUCUUGGCAACUGCAUUUGGAUAUUCCGCCUCUGCUGGAGGACUAUGA